AUCCACACAGCGACAAGCACACACCAGCUCCACCAACACACAUCCACACAACAACAAUGCCCCUCUUCUCCUCCGGCCCCUCGGUCGAUAGCGUCAUCUCCCGGCUCGGGAGCACAAAGGACUCCACGGCGCACUAUAUCGCCGUGAGCGAGUACGUCGAGAGCAAGAAGCGGCGGGGCAAGGGCGUCGCCGAGGUCAACACCAAGCUCGACGACCUCGAGCGCGCGCUCGCCAAGGUCAGUGAACGGCUCGCCGCCGAUACGGCGGGCACGUUCGCCAAGAUCCGCGACGACAAGGGCCUGCCCCGCUCCAAGCUGUUCCCGAGCGCGGCCGCUCCAGCGCCGGAAGUCGCCCCGCCGCCAGCGUACCCGGCGUACGCUGCCCCGCCGCCGCCUGUCCCCGCUGCGCCGGUGCGCGUCGGCAGCGUGAGCCGCGCCGCCGCGCCGCCGUCCCCUCCGACGACGUACGCCGCCGCACCAGCGCCAGCAGCACCAAGCUACGCCGCUGUGGCUCCUCCUGCGCGCGCGGGCUCGCCGGCCGCCCUCAUCCUCAAUGGCGAGGAGCAGCUCGCCAUGCUGCGCGACUACGACACGGUGUUCCUCGUCGACGACUCGGGCUCCAUGGCGGGCUCGCUGUGGCGCGAGGCGCGCGCGGCGAUCCAGGGCGUGGUCGCGCAUGCGAUCAAGUACGACGAGGACGGCAUCGACAUCUACUUCCUCAACGACCGCAGCGCCGCCAAGGGCGUCAAGUCCGUCGGCGAGGUCGAGGCGCUCUUCAACCGCGUCCGGCCUAGCGGGGCGACGCCGACCGGCGCGCGGCUCGACAAGCUGUUGAAGGAGUACAAGCGCGAGCUGGACGCCGCGUACGAGGCCGGCAAGCGCUCCGGCGGCGACAUGUACACUGUCAAGCCGCUCAAUUUGUUGGUUAUCACCGACGGCGCGCCGACCGACGACCCCGAGUCGGCGAUCGUCAGCUUUGCAAAGUAUCUCGACAAGUACGACUUCCCGCUCUCGCAGUGCGGCAUCCAGAUGUUCCAGAUCGGCAGCGACCCCGAGGCGACGGAAGCGCUCCAGGACCUCGACGACGCCCUCGAGAACAGGUACAAUAUCCGCGAUAUCGUCGACACGGUGCCGUAUGCCGGCGCGAUGACGGCCGAGAUGAUCGUCAAGGUGCUCCUGGGCGGUAUUAACCGCCGUCUGGACCGCAGGAAUGCGUAGUGGCCGCGGCGUAGAUGGCCUGUUGUGGCUUAGAACGAGCUUUAUAGUUGUCCACCUUGUCCCCCUCACGACCCACACCUUGUACCCUGUUGUAACAUUAUGCAGUGGCUGAUUGACG